AUGGCUUCCAAAGAUGAACUUCACGAAAAUGAGGUAGUCAAAAAACACUCAAAAAUUGUCAGAGGAAAAAAAAGCAACUUAAUGGGUGAACGUUCUAUUGUCUUGCCACGUGUUGUACGUAUUUACAUAACAGACAAUGACGCCACAAACUCGUCUAGUGAUGAGGAGGAAAAUCUUCAAGGAGAGAAGUCCAAACGACAUAAAAGGAUUUGUAAAGAAAUUAUCAUCAGAAAUGGAAAAAUCAAGGUCACUUCAAGGAUGAUAUCGUCCAAAGAAAAAAAAUAUACAAAACUUCUCCAAGAAAAUGUAAAGAAGUACAGGGGAGUUAGACAACGAAAAUGGGGAAGAUGGGGUGCGGAGAUUCGAGAUGUAAGAACGAAUAAACGACGUUGGUUGGAAAGUUUUGACACUGCGCUAGAAGUUGCUUUGGCUUAA